CAGCAAAACUUUGUUGAACACCUUCUCUUGCCAGAUAUUGUCCGAGCCAACAGAGCACAGCAGUGAACAAAACAGAACCUCCUGCUUAUGUACAACUAUAGUGGAUGAUGUCUUUUAGUUUCAAUGUAUUUAGCGUUGGCAUCUCUUGUGUCAUGAUGUGUAUUGUUUAUAAGUCAGCAGUGAACUCUCUACCAGAACUGAGUCCUCAGAAAUAUUUCAGUACUUUACAAGCAGGAAAAGCCUCCUUAGCUUAUUUUUGUCAAGCUGAUUCUCCAAGUACCUCUGUAUUUCUUGAAGAGCUGGAUAAGGCUGUUAAACCUCUCCAGGACUAUGGAAUUUCAGUUGCAAAGGUUAAUUGUGCCAAAGAAGAAACGUCAAGAUACUGUGGAAAAGAAAAGGAUUUAAUGAAAGCAUAUUUAUUCAGGGGCAACAUAUUACUCAGAGAAUUCCCUACUGAUACCUUGUUUGAUGAGAAUGCCAUCAUUGCUCAUGUUCUCUUUGCCCUUCUUUUUAAUGAAGUAAAAUAUAUUACCACCCUCGAAGACCUUCAGAAUAUAGAAAAUGCUCUGAAAGGAAAAGCAAACAUUGCAUUUUCAUAUGUAAGAGCCAUCGGAACACCAGAGCAUAAGGCAGUCAUGGAAGCUGCUUUUGUGUAUGGGACCACAUACCAAUUUGUUUUAACCACAGAAAUCGCUCUUUUGGAAAGUAUUGGCAUGGAGGAUAUAGAACAUGCACAUCUCUACUUUUUCCAUUGUAAACCAGUUUUGGACUUGACCCAGCAGUGUAGAAGAACACUAAUGGGACAGCCAUUGACCACAUUGAACAUUUAUCGAUUUAUUAAGUCAAUGGAAGCACCUCUGUUGACUGAAGUUGCUGAAGAUCCUCAACACGUUUCAACUGUUCAUCUCCAACUAGGAUUACCACUGGUUUUUAUUGUUAGUCAACAAGCUACAUAUGAAGCUGAUAGAAGAACUGCAGAAUGGGUUGCUUGGCGUCUUCUGGGAAAAGCAGGAGUUCUACUCUUGUUAAGGGACUCUUUGGAAGUGGACAUUCCUCAGCAAGCUAAUAUGGUCUUCAAAAGAGAAGAGGGAAUGCCAGUGGAAUUUUUGGUGUUUCAUGAUAUUGAUUUAGUAAUAUCCUACAUAGAAAAUAAUACAUACAUUGAGCAAACACAAGAAGAUGAAGACGAUGACAUGGAAGAUCCAGAUAUGGAAAUUGAAGAUGAUGAAGUGGCAGAAAGUGUUUACAGAGAUAGGAAGAGACACUUACCUUUGGAACUCACGGUGGAACUAACAGAAGAGACGUUUAAUACGACAAUAAUGGCAUCUGACAGCAUGGUGCUUUUCUAUGCUGAUUGGCAAGCAGUAUCCAUGGCAUUUUUGCAUUCCUAUAUCGAUUUGGCAAAUAAAUUGAAAGGCAUAUCCACUAUGCUACUUACUAGAAUAAACUGUGCAGAUUGGCCUGAUGUGUGUACUCAGCAAAAUGUUACUGAAUAUCCUGCUGUAAAGAUGUACCUGGAAGGCGAGAACCCAGUACCUUAUGGUGGUAUGUUAGGAGCUGCAGAGCUCCUAAAAUUUAUCCUGCUCAAUAGGAUUUCAUGUCCAGUGAACAUAACAUCUGUGCAAGAAGCAGAAGAAUAUUUAAGUGGAGAAUUAUAUAAAGACCUGAUCUCCUAUUCUAGUGUGUCAGUGCUGGGACUAUUUAGUCCAACCAUGACAACAGCAAGAGAAGAUUUCACUGAAGCAAUAAAGUACCUAAAAGGAUAUGUUAUCGCUGGAAUUUAUUCUAAAGAAGAUGUUUCAAUACUGUCAAAUAAAUAUACUGCAACUCUUCCAGCCUUGCUGCUUGCCAAACACAAAGAAGGAAAAGUAGAGAGCAUUCCAUUAGCUAACACCCAUGGUCAAGAAAUAGUUCAAAUAAUAACAAAUGCAUUACUGGAAAUAUUUCCAGAAAUCACUGUGGAAAAUCUUCCCACUUACUUACAGCUUCAGAAACCAUUACUUAUCUUAUUCAGUGAUGGCAGCAUAAACCCUCAGUAUCAAAAAGCAAUAUUGACCCUGGUAAAAGAGAAACACCUGGAUUCAGUUAUCCCUUGCUGGUUAAAUCUAAAGAAUACUCCUGUGGGGAGAGGAAUCUUGAAGGUGUAUUUUGAAGCUCUACCUCCACUACCACUUCUUGUUGUGGUGAAUGUGCAUUCAGGUGGCCAAGUGUUUGCGUUUCCUUCGGAUCAAGCCAUAACUGAACAGAACCUUUUGUUGUGGCUUAACAAAUUGGAAGCAGGACUAGAAAGUCAUAUCAAAAUUUUAUCUGCACAGGAAUGGAAACCUCUUCUUCCUUCUUACAAUUUUCUAAAUAUGAUGGAUGCUGCAGCAUCUCAGCAUCCCACCAGGAAAGGUCCUGAGUGUAUGAAAGAAGGUGGUAUUCAGGAGAAUGAUAAAGAACAACAUGAAGAUAAAUCAGCAGUAAGAAAAGAACCAAUUCAAACAUUGAGAAUAAAGCACUGGAAUAGAAAUGAUGUAUUUAAAGCAGAAAAAGCAUCUAGGCAUGAUAAUGAGGAGUUAUGACACUCAAAAUUGAGC